GAUCCCAACCCGGGUUACCUGGGGUCCGACCCUGGCCCCCAUGAAUAACCCGGCACGGGCCCCAGCCCCCUCCCCUGUCCGGCCCUCGGCCUCGCUGCGACCCUUGGCCUCAGUCCGGGCCUCGACUCCGGCCAGGGGUUCGACCCUGGCCAGGACCUCCCUCCUGGUCCGGACUCCCAAUCUGGUCCCGGCCUCGGGUCCGGGUCCGAUCCGGACCCCGACUCCAGUACGGACGCCAACUCCUGUCCGGACCCCGACCCCUGUUCGGACCCUGACCCCCGUCCGGACGCCAACUCCGGUCCGGACCCCAACACCGGUUCGGACCCCGACUCCGGUCCGGACCCCAACGCCGGUUCGGACCCCGACUCCGGUCCAGGUGCCGACCCCGGUCCGGGUGCCGACCACGGUCGGGAUCCCAACGCCGACCCUAUCUCAGGUCCUGGUCCCUGCUUUGGAAUCCCUCCCGAACCCAGCCCUGCCUUCUUUGGAUCCGCCCCUGGAACCUGAUCCCGAACUCACUUUGUCGCCUGAUGAGGAUCCUACGCCAACCCCGAGGGCGAAGCACCUCCCACUGGUCGCCAAUGGAUUCGUUCCCGUCCAGGAGCCCCUUCCUGCGCUUUCUCCGUUGGCCACUAAUUUACUGGAGUCCACGCCGGGGGCUGGGACCGACUCAUCCACCACCAAGCUGACAGAUUCCACUUCUGGACAUGUCCCAGGGACGCCCAUCCUGGCGACCAUCCCAUUGGCCGUCGCCUUACCGGUUUCUACGAACGCAUUGGCCUCCACCAGCGAGAACAUCCAAGUGGACAACAAGAUCCUGAUUCGAGUCGUCUACUGUGGCCUCUGAAGCUACGGCCUCCGGUACAUCCUACUGAAAAAGAGUCUGGAGCAGCAAUUUCCAAACUGUCUAGUCUUUGAGGAGGACAUAUCUGCCCAGGCGACCGGGGCGUUUGAAGUGUUUGUGGAUGGAAAACUGGUCCAUUCGAAGAAGAAAGGCGAUGGCUUUGUGGAUGAGACCAAGCUGCAGAAAAUUGUGAGCCAUAUCAACGAGGAGAUCAAGAAAAGGUAGCAGGGAGCUGGAGCCUCAGCAGGAUGGCGAGAAGGGCUGAAAUGUUGCCAAGUCAGGUCCUUUUCUGAUGGUGGCUGGGGCUGGGGAGGGGUUGGGAGGGUGAAGAGGGAAAUACAUACAGAGUCUGCCUCUGUGUGUUCUGGUCUGA